AUGCGCACCGCAUUCGGCCUCGCGGCGCUGUUCGCCUUCACGUCUGUGACGGCGCAGUCUGCCUUCCCUACCUACGAGAACAACAUCCCGGAGACGGAGAAGGUUGCUCUCGCUUCCAUCGCCGAAGAUGACCCCAACGACUUCAUGUCGAUAAUGAAGAAGGACGAGAGCCCGCUGUACCCUCUCAUCUACAAGACGCCGCUUCCGAUCCCGCCGAUCAAGCAGCCCCUGAAGAAGUUCACAAACCCCGUCAGCGGAGCUGAGAUCUGGUACUAUGAGGUGCAAGUCAAGCAGUUCCGCCAGCAGAUCUUCCCGGACCUGGGCGCGGCCACAUUUAACGGCUAUGAUGGCAUGAGCCCGGGCCCGACCAUCAUGGUCCCUCGCGGCACCGAGUCCAUCGUCCGCUUCAUCAACGUCGCCAACACUCCGAGCUCUGUCCACCUGCACGGGUCUUACUCCCGUGCCCCCUGGGAUGGAUGGGCCGAGGAUAUCACUCAGCCCGGCGAGUACAAGGACUACUACUACCCCAACCGCCAGUCAGCCCGGCUGCUGUGGUACCAUGACCAUGCCAUGCACGUUACGGCUGAGAACGCCUACACGGGCCUGGCAGGAGCGUACCUGAUUCACGAUGCCUCGGAGGACUCCCUGGGCCUCCCAUCUGGAUAUGGCCGGUACGACGUCCCGCUUAUCCUGACGUCUAAGCAGUACAACAGGGAUGGCUCGCUCUUCUCGUCGGUUGGCGAGGACACGAGCCUUUGGGGUGAUGUGAUCCACGUCAAUGGCCAGCCAUGGCCGUUCCUGAACGUCGAGCCGCGCAAGUACCGCUUCCGGUUCCUGAACGCGGCCAUCUCGCGGUCCUUUGCGCUCUACUUCGCUGCCGCUCUCGACACCAGCGCAAAGCUGCCCUUCCGGGUCAUCGCGUCCGACGGCGGACUGCUGGAGAACCCCGUCCAGGUCUCGCAGAUGUACAUUGCCAACGCCGAGCGCUACGAGGUCGUCUUCGACUUUAGCCAGUUCGCCGGCCAGGCCGUGGACCUCCGCAACCUGCCCAAGGCCGGCGGCGUUGGCGUUGAGGAUGAUUACGACGACACCGACAAGGUCAUGCGCUUCGUCGUUUCCUCGGCCGUCACGGCCCCCGACACCAGCCUCGUUCCCGCCAAGCUCCGCACCGUUCCCUUCCCCACCGCCCGCAACGGCAAGUCUAUCUACCACCACUUCCGCUUCCACCGCACCAACAGCGAGUGGCGCAUCAACGGCGUCGGCUUCGCCGACGUCCAGAACCGCAUCCUCGGCAACGUUCCCCGUGGCACCGUUGAGAUCUGGGAGCUGGAGAACUCGUCCGGCGGCUGGUCUCACCCGAUCCACAUCCACCUGGUUGACUUCAAGGUCCUGGGGCGCUCUGGUUCCGACCGUGGCGUUAUGCCCUACGAGGCGGUCGGGCUCAAGGACGUCGUCUGGCUGGGCCGCGGGGAGACCGUCCUCGUCGAGGCGCACUACGCCCCCUGGGACGGCGUGUACAUGUUCCACUGCCACAACCUGAUCCACGAGGACCAGGACAUGAUGGCCGCCUUCAACGUGACCGCCCUGCCCAACUUUGGCUACAACGAGACCACGCACUUCAUCGACCCCAUGGAGAACCGCUGGAGGGCCAAGGCCUUUACCACGACCGACCUCGGCUCGCGCACCGGCCCGUUCGGCGACGCCGAGAUCGAGCAGCAGGUCAUGUUCCUGGCCGGCACCAACCCCUACAGCAACGCCGAGGACAUCACCAAGUCCCUGGAUGAGUACUGGGCUGCCAGGGGUGUCAAGGCCAAGCGCGUCGCCGUCCGCGAUGCCGAGGAGCCCGCCGGUGCCAUCCCGAGGUACAGGCGCGGUCGCAACUGA